AUGGAGCAACCUGGACUAAACCCUAACUCUGUUCACAAACUCUGCGAGUCCUCUUCCCCCUCGGUCGACGACGACGAUGACCCACCAGUUUUGAGCUCGCAAGCCCUCGCCGCCCUCAAAGAAUUUCUCGCCGAGCAGAACCACUCUGGCGCCGACUCUGAUGUGGCAACUGGAGGAGACUCGGAGGUUGAAUUGGUGUCCGAGGAUUGGAGGAUGAGCCAGUUCUGGUACAGUACAGAUACCGCAAAGACGUUAGCUGAGGAGGUCAUUACUCUCUGCCAAGGCACCGACCAUUCUCGAGUUGCUUGCAUCGCUUGCCCCACUCUUUAUGCCUAUCUUAAGAAAAUGCAUCCAAAUGUUUCUCUGCAACUUCUUGAGUAUGACAAACGUUUUGAGCAAUAUGGCGGUGAUUACACAUAUUAUGAUUACAACAAACCUGAAGAGUUACCUUCGGGAUUGAAGAAUGUCUUUAAAGUUGUAGUAGCGGAUCCUCCUUACUUGAGCAAAGAGUGCUUGGAGAAAGUUGCUCAAACGAUUUCCUUCCUCAAACAACCGGGAGAGUCAUAUUUGCUUCUACUCACUGGUGAAGUGCAGAGAGAAAGGGCGGCCGAGGUCCUGGGUUUGUAUCCUUGUGGUUUUAGACCUCAGCACUCCAGCAAACUUGGAAAUGAGUUUCGGCUGUUCACAAACUAUGAGCCGGGGACGAGACUAGGCGGGUGGGAAAAAUAGAUACCUUCUCUUUAUUGGUUUUGAACCUAAACAAUUUAGGUGUGUUUAAACUCGAUUGCAGCUUUGGUGGUGGAGUGAUUGGACUAUCUUGUCUGCCACUUAACUGCCACUUCGUGGCGACUUCUGCUGCCUCUGAUUCCAUGUCUCAAUGAUAAAACACAGUACAAAAAUUUUGUGGUUUUAUUAAUUUUUUGGGUUGAGGCCCAACGAGAUAUAUUUUACUUGUUCGUUUGAGUUUCUAUCCGCAGUUCCCUGAUGAUUAUGAAUUAUUUUUAUAUUAUUUUAUUAGCUGAUA